AUGUCGGAGCACGAGUCGUACGAGGAUGACUUUGAGGACGUUGACGAGCGCAGCGUCAGCAGCUACAAGACGGAUGCGUCCCUCUCCUCCUCCAACAAGGACGCAUCGCCGUCACACUCCUCCGCGUUACCGUUGAAGGCUGUUGUGAACGACAGCUCUUCAGGCGCCUCUGCCAUCAUCGGCACAACACCCGGGCGGGCGCGGCAGCUGAUCGGUAGCCCCGCCACACGGAACAUCGCCCCGUCGCUCGCCGCAAACUCGGAAGACCUGCAUCUGCUACAUGUGUCGAAGAUCACGUCGGUAGGACAACUACAGCCGGAGGUGCCAAACAACUAUUGUGGUGCUGACAACCCAGACGUUGUCCGUGAUCCGUAUGACGGGACUGCAUUACCCUCAAAUCCGCGUGGUAUUCUUGGUCUGGAAUCACAUUCACCGCUUUCGGCCUCGUCACCACCGUCCUCAUCAUCGGCAUCAUCAUCAUCAGCAGCAGCAGCAUCGUCGUCAUCAUCGUCAUCAGUGUCGGCGUCAGCGUCGUCCUCAAGGAAAAACAGUGUAGGCACACAGGAAUCAGAAGUGGUGCAGAAGGAUCUAAAAGAAACGCUGACACCAAAGUUCACGCAUAGUGAGAGCCCCGUAGCCAGUCAGAAUAGAAUACAAAAAGUUGAUAAAUUGGUACUUCCGAUGAGUAAGACGAAACAGCGCGACGGUGGUAAUACAGUUCAUGUCUGGAAGCAGAAGUCGGGCACUGUUACGCCGCGAACACCACGCACCACCUCUUCAAGUAGAGGUGAUAGUCCUCCACUAAUGAAGGCGGUUCUGCCAACACCGCCCCAUGUGAAGAAUCGCGCAGUCUCAAUGAGCUUCUCCUUGUCACCGUCAAGACCCAGGGACGCCGAGUUGCAACAGAAAAACACGCGUCCCAGUCUGACCGAAGCUAGAAGCACCGAUGGAGGCAGGACACCGCGUAGUGGGGCAUUAAUUGGGGUAGACGGUGACAACUUUGCGACACCUUGUGUACGGUUGCAUAGAAAGAUCGCGCAAGCCAAGAGUGAACUCGAGGAGGUGCAGCGGGCCAUUCAGGAACUGGACCAGCCGUCACCAACAUCACAGCGGAGUAGCAAAAAGGAAGGAAUGGGAAGGCCUUUGAAGAGCUUGGAAGGGCUGAGGCGUGAUAACAGGCACCUACACCAGCUUGUAGGCGUCCGGGGAGAGGGGAAGCUAAAUAUUGGGGUAUUGAUGACCAUCGCUAAUGAAGAGUUGAAGCACGCAAUGGAAGAGUUAAAGGACAUAAAACAGCGCAAACGUUACCUCAUGUCAGAGGACAGACGUGCGGCGAUUAUGUUCGCGCAAAUUGCGAAGUCGCAGCCCCCGGCUGGGGAGGAGCGUGCCCGUCAGCACAAAGAGGGCAUGUACAACCGCAUCAACCUUCAGAGCAAGCUACAGCGCCUGCAAGAGAAAAUAGAGGCCAUACGCGAUGCUUCUUCACACCUUUCUGAGCGCAUCCGCGUGCUUGAGGAGCGCAUUCAAACAGAGGGGCUUUCAGAUAUCAAGCACGAAGACUACUUAGCGCUUCAGGCUACCGUUAAGAAGAACGCCAAGAUAAUUGAUAGACUCACUCCCUCUAUUUCGGUUCCAUCGGGCACAGUCGAACGUGGCCGCAGCGCUGACAAGCAUAGUGGGGAGGAGGACCUCUCAAGUGUUCCAUUCCCAGAGAAGAGCAAACUUGAAUCAACGGUUCGGAAACUUCUCCGGCAGCUGGAGCAGAAGGAUGAACAGAUUUCGAUUUACCGUUCUAAACUCACGGUGGCCACGGCGGCUACACAACGAGUAGGUGCUGUCUCUGCACCAGUCGCUGCGCGGGGAAAGUCGCGGGAGGGCCAGCAUCGACUCGUUGAUGGAAGUAGCAAGCAGAAGCGCCCAUCGCCAAUGAGUCGCAAGCGUUCCUCCGAACCGCGGACGGCUGAGGAGCGUAUUGUGCACAGGGCGGGCCCACUCGCGCCUCGCCGCGGGGAGGCCGGAUCCAAGCCCGGAAGCCGAAGGGAAUCACUUACGAAGGGGAGCCACCAUCAGCAGAAGGAGCAGAAUGGGGCCCUGCCGCAGCAUCCUACAGAACCAAAGCGCGUUAUCGGGCAGAAGAAGGCGUCAGCUUCCCUCCAUAAACUAAACGAGUCACCAGUACGUACUUCAAGUGAUCGUCAAUCCCUUGGAAGCCUCUUACGACUCUCGUUGCCUCUUGGCGAUAACGACACAUCGGAAUCGCCCUCAAAGGUUGCCAUUGAUAGGAUUAAACAGCGACUCGCUGAAGGCGAUAUCUCCCGACGGCAGGCAGAUGCCGACUCGGCACGCGGCGAGCAGGUGGUGGUGGAGGAGGAGUCAUGCAGACAAGCUUCUGCAGAUAGGCUGCGCUUCUCGCCGUCAGCGCCCCAUGAGGUGGCGUCGCUUCCGACUGCAGACUUGAGCGAAGACAACGACGUAGUCGAAGAGGACGCAGUAUUAGACAAUAUCACGUCCGAUGUGGAAGGCGUGACAACCUCCAAUGACGUACAAGACGAGAUCGACAGUGUGAUAGAAGAAGUUGACAGCGUAGAGGAGGAAGCCGAUAGUGUAACGGAAGAAGUCAACGGCCUACAAGACAAGAUUGACGGUAUGCCGGAGGAACGCAACACUAUUCAAAAUAAAAUGAGCCGAGUUCAGAAGAUGAAUGGUGUGCAUGGGGAUUUUGAGGGUGUACAUGAGGAACUGAACGGCGUGCAGCAGGGGGGUAACUCCGGCCGCAGCACGCCUCUCUGGCUUUUGGACUAA